CGGAACUGUAGCCACGUCGUCAAUGAGAGGGAGGAACCGGAAGAACAGGAAGCGUUUCAUUGACUACACUUCACUGCUUAUCAUCUAGAAGAACAUGAUGGCCCAGUUUGAGGAAGUAUCAAAGAAGUCCAGUCUGCACCCUAAGCCUGCAGGUUUGGUUUUGCAGUAUGGCACCGCUGGUUUCAGGACCAACGCCAAACAGCUGGAUCACGUCAUGUUCAGGAUGGGACUGCUGGCCACCCUCCGCUCCAAAAAGACCGAAGCAACCAUCGGAGUCAUGGUCACCGCAUCACACAACCCUGAGGAGGACAACGGCGUGAAGCUGGUUGACCCCAUGGGGGAGAUGGUGACUCCGACAUGGGAGGGCUAUGCCACCCAGCUGGCCAACGCCGAGCAGGAAGAUUUGCUCGCUGCUCUGAAGGACGUUAUAGAGAAGGAGGCCAUAAACAUGAGCCAGGAGGCUAACGUGUUUGUUGGCAAAGAUACCAGAAGCAGCAGUGCCAGCCUUUCACAGGCAGUCCUGGAUGGAGUAUCUGCACUUGGUGGUCACAGCAAAGACUAUGGUUUGGUGACCACCCCACAGCUCCACUACAUGGUUUGCUGUCAGAACACGCAGGGUAAAUAUGGAGAAGCCACAGUGGAAGGUUACUAUAAGAAACUCUGCCAAGCUUUCAUUCAGCUCACAAAGAAUACGUCCAAUUGUACAGAUGAUCAGAAGCACCUCUCUGUGGACGGUGCUAAUGGUAUUGGGGCUCUAAAGGUGCGUGAGAUGGAGAGUCACCUGAAGAAGGAGCUGCAUAUAUCGCUGUUCAAUGAUGGCAGUAAAGGAAAGCUCAACCACCAGUGUGGGGCUGACUUUGUCAAAGUGCAGCAGAAUGCUCCGACAGGCAUUAAGAUUAACCCAGGGGAGCGUGGCUGUUCCUUCGACGGCGAUGCUGACCGAAUAGUUUACUACUACACCGACACUGAAGGACAGUUUCACCUUCUGGAUGGAGACAAAAUCGCAACUCUCAUCAGCACUUUCCUUAAAGAGCUGCUCACACAGGCUGGUUUAGAUCUGAAGAUAGCUGUGGUGCAAACCGCUUAUGCUAACGGAAGCUCAACACACUACCUGGAAGACACCAUGAAGGUAAUAGUGAGGUGCACUAAAACUGGAGUAAAGCACCUUCAUCACGCAGCACAGGAGUUUGAUAUCGGUGUGUACUUCGAGGCUAACGGUCACGGCACUGUGUUGUUCAGUAAGGCGGCGGAAGAGAAGAUCCGGCAGCUAGCUGAGAACCCAGGCGCCGACGACGAGAUGAAGAGAGCGGCUCUCCUGCUGCAGAACACUGUGAACGUCAUCAACCAGACUGUAGGUGAUGCUAUUUCUGACAUGCUGCUGAUUGAAGCCAUAUUAGCCAUCAAGGGUAUGACUAUCCAGCAGUGGGACGCCAUCUACAGCGACCUGCCAAACAGGCAGCUCAAAGUCAAGGUGUCGGACCGCAGGGUGAUAGACACAACGGAUGCAGAGAGAAAGGCAGUGAGCCCAGCGGGACUGCAGGAGGCCAUUGACAGUUUAGUGAAGAAGUACAGACUGGCCCGCUCCUUUGUGAGACCCUCCGGCACUGAGGAUGUCGUGAGAGUUUACGCAGAGGCAGAAACACAGGAGAGUGCUGAUGACCUGGCACAUGAAGUCAGCCUUGCAGUUUAUCGUCUUGCUGGCGGAGUCGGGGAUGAACCCAAACCGUUGCACUAGGAACACAAAAUAACACGAUAACAAAUCAAUCAGUGCUUUUUGAAGGAAAUGCCAGUUGAUAAUCUCAUUUUCUAAAGUUGUAAUUUAUCAAAAUUCCUUCCUGUUUGGCAAAGUGCCAAAUCAUUUUGUACUAUUAAUUGCACUUAGCACUUCACUCCAAUUUUCUAUUUCUUUGUGUUUGUCUGUCAUUGUGAAGAUAUGGGACACGCUGGGGAGACAAUGAAAGGGUUUUAUGCUGCUAUGAGUAACACUACUCUUGGCUUGUUAUUGCAUCCUAAACAGGCAGCCGUGUGCCUGUGAAUUAUGGGUUUCUAUUUAAUAUCGAUACUUUACUGUAUAGGUUUUAAUGCUGGUUUCAAUCGGAUUUUGGUUAUGAUGCAACUUCCUACUAAAUGAAAUCUUUUUCAAUAGUUACUGUAUGUAAUUUCUUUGCUUAGUAAACAUUGAAAUUAAAUCACAAGUUUACAUGAGAGGAGUUUGUAGCAAUUGGUCUUCCCUUUAUUGUCAGUUGCUGCUUUGGAUUAAAUAAAUAGUGGAAAAGAAAAA